AUGCUGUGUGAAUAUUCAAAGGCAUCCCUUCACUUUUGUCAAGAAUGCAACAACCUACUUUACCCCAAGGCGGACCCUCAGCGUCGGAUCAUGGUCUAUGGCUGCAGGAUAUGUCAAUACGAUGACAUGGUGGAGAAUAAGUGCGUCUACAGAAAUGACUUGUUGACAGUGACCAAGGAACAGGUCGGUGUCACCACCGACCUUGGGGCUGACGCUACCCUGGCACAUUCAAACAUUCCAUGUCCAAAAUGUGGCAACGAUGACGCAGUUUUUUAUCAAGAUCAAUCCAAACGAAAAGAGACACGAAUGAUUCUAUUCUUUUACAUUGGAGUUCAUGAUUACAAUGCGGUGGUAAUAACUGUAUACUUUGUCAAUAUUUGCUAUCCCUCCAAAUUUCAACGACACUUUCCUGUUCGCCAUUGUGAAAUCUAA